AUGAGAAGCACCAAGGCUCAGAACCAGAACCGGUUCCUGAGAAUCAUCACAGUCCCCAUCAGAGCCUUGGGCAAGGCCAAGGACUUUUACGUCAAAAGCAUGACGGACGUCGGCGACAGAUUCAGCUACGGCGGGAGCACCAUGGCCGGCCCCGGCGGCCAAUUCUCCUCGGGUUUACCCAAAAGCUUCAGCACGAGAUCGUCAUCGUCGAGGUCCAACCAGGGCAACGAUGACUUUUCCGAGCUGGUGAGGGCUGCCUCGGCCAGGAGCUACGGGACUCGUAUCGACGUGGACAAGAUACUUCAGGACCAGCUGAAGAGGUCGGCGACGACGACGAUGGGGUCGAGGCAAGUGUUGCCCAAGUGUGGUAGCGUGGCCAUGGGACGAAUUGACGAGGAUGCCGCUUGUGAUUUCGAGGAGGAAGGUGACGUGAAGAAGGACUUGUACCCCAGAAGCAGAAGCUAUGCUGUCGGAAAGAGAAGCGUUGCGUUUGUUUAG